UGGUAAUGGUCGGUUGCAAGAAGAGAGGAAGGCUUCUUUUCUUCUUUUUCUUAAAGCCUUCUUUUCUUCUUUUUCUUAAAGCCAUAUAAUAGCAAUAGCUAAGUCAGAGGACUCGACGGGAUCCGUCGGAUCGCAUUAGGGGUGUCAUGUAUUCCAGCUGUCAGAAGGUAGCACCCGUUCAUGACGCAUCAGACGGCGAUGAAGGGGUUUCUCCUUCGCAAAAGCAGGCAAGCGAUGUGUCUCGGUGACGCAGCGCCUUCCGCCGCGAAAGUUCCAAGCAGUUGAUGCGUUGGAGGAGGGAGGUGAGGAGGCAGGCGGUGUUCCCAGGUAACGUUUCGCCAUCCAAAGUUAGCAACUUGGGAACCUUGCUUGACGGGAUGACUCCCAUGUCUACUACCACUUCUUUCCAAGAUGUUGACUCUGCUGGCGGUCAAGUCCAACUCUCCGUCGCGGGCUAAUUUGGGGUUGGCUGCUCCGGAUACUAUCGAUCUAAGACUGGUGGUAAUGCAAUCGUAAGUUUGACCGAGUCCAUGGUGUCAUUCAUUACUUGAGACAGUUACGUGUUUGUCGAAUUGCCUAGGAAAAGUUUGCCUUGCAGUCUUGCGCCCGUUGACGGACUUCAACAAGGAAUGCUCGAUCGAUUUAGGCUGCUGAGUGAACCACCACUAUUACUACUAGUCGUUAUACAGAUCAUGCAUAAGAAGAACAUUUUCCUUUUUAGACUACUAUCAAUUGGUGACAAUCUCGUUUCCAAUGAGGUAUUGGUUUCUGGGCUGACAGCCCAAAAUCAUAUUGACAGAGUAUAGAUGCUAAUGCACCUAUUGAUUGUUUGAUUCUCUUAGUUUAUGCUAGUGAAACUUUAGGUUGAUAGGCAUAAUUUGAAGUUCGCUGAUGGCUCUACGUCGUGACGAGCUCUCUGACUUCAUGAAGUAACCCUCCUGAUUGUAUACAAAUAUUAAAUUUAUAAUAGUACACUUAUCAGAUCUUUAUAAAUCAAUAUUAAUCUUGUUUACUUUAAACUAAUCGAGAUGUUACAUUUAUCCUCAGAUGUAAUUGCAUUAGGAAAUUUUAGCUUUUUUAACCAUUAGUGACACCAACUUGACAUAGACACUAGCAAGAUCUUUUUUGUAAAGUUUUCAUAUUUCUAUGAUCUAAUUUUCUCUUUUUCUGUAACUUGUUAUUAACUGCUACCUUAUAAGCACCUUUUUGUUUUAUAGUCUACACUACCAUCCAUAACUUAGACUCUGAUUAAUACUAUUUUCCAUCAUGCGGACCUGUACCACAGGCAACUUUCAGUUAAUGUCAUUGGUCCAUUGAAGAUCCAUGUGGCUGCUCCUAAAUAGUUGGAAUAUUAUGACUUGUUGUUAUUAUUGAGUUUUGAUUGAUCAUGGAACCUUAGAAACUUGUAAUUAUCUUGUUUGAGAGAGCUUGCAAGUGUUAAAUACAGCGCUUAUUUUCAUUUUCUAUGCUCGGAUUGAGUAUAUUCUCAUCAUAUCCCGAUAGCCAUAAAUGAUAGACAUCAAAAUCACUGGGGAAAAUAAACAGAUGAACUAACAUCUUACUGUGAUUAAUCAUUGAUAGUUUAGAAAGACAUACAUUUUGUGUUUCCCCUGAAAUGAAGAUCUCAAACGCACUAUCCUUCAAAUUAUAUUUGUGCGGAAGCAGUGUCUUUUUGGCACUGAGCAAAGCAAAUAGUACAGUGACAGUUUUAGGAAGGUCUUAUAGGCAUCAGGAGCUGUGCUUUAUGUGGAUGAAUUGGUUCUCCAAGUUCAUGCUACUAAUGUGAGGCUUAACACAUAAGUGACGCAGAUGCUAUACAUAAUGAAGUAGUGGAUGGCUUUUCUGGAGUUUCUUACAGAACUUUGGGAUGGAUGUCCAUCAAGUGGUAUGACUCCUCAUUCCUCAUUUAGCAUAAAACUACAUAGAAGAGCAAGCAAUCAAAUGUUCACAAAAUGUGAUUUUGAGAAGUUUUCUUUCUUUUAUUGUUUGUGCAACACUUUUUCUCUUUAUUGUUCUUUCCAUGAUUCGAUCAUAGAGAUGCUCUUAUAUGCUUUCUUUUGCAGGUGUACUUGGUUGUCUCUUCAUGGCUGCCGUAAAGCCUGAGAGUAUAUUUAGUAUGGACUUGCCUACUGUUCUUGCUAAGUUCCUUUAAGCAAGGAAGAUAACAAUAGAUUUCAGAAUUAUCACUGUGCCAAGAAAUGCAUUCUCUGGGAGCUUAUUCUUGUUCUUUUGAGACGACAUGAAUGAUUUAGUCAUUCUUUUAAAUCUUUGUGUAAUCUCCCCAACUCAAACAAGCUUUUCAUGUUACAGCUGAUGCUCCCUGGCUUCUCUACAACCUCAUCAAUGACUGUCUUGAGCUUGCUGGUGCUGUCAAGGUGGAUACCUGGAUGCACAUUGCAAGGCACACCCAAUCGUGUUUCACUCAAUCUUGCUGCUUCUGACAGGUAAUGAUGGAGAGAAGCUGUCCUUCCUCAGCUAACAUCUCUACCUCCUCAUCCUCCACAUCCACGGUCACCAUCGCUGUCGAUGACCGCUCCACUCCUGCUGCUGGCAAUCCUUGUGGUCAGGGCGGCUGUGGCAGCUCUAUCAGCAACAGCAAGACAAGCAAUAGCAACGUACAGAGCUCACUCAGGUCCCUCAACAGAGCCUCCUACAAGAUCUCCAAGCCUGUUCAAAGAAACGCUGCCGCUGUCCCUGAGCCUAACACCGUUGCUGCUCCGGCCGCUGCUGCUGCGCAGCCGCUGGCGCCGCCGGGUCCUCCAGCGGGGACCAGCGUUGGUAGCGGCGGGGGAGCUCCGCCGUACCAGCCGCAGCCGCCGGUGUACAACAUCGACAAGAACGACUUCCGCGACGUCGUCCAGAAGCUGACCGGUUCCUCUGCGCACCACCAGAGCCGCCCUCCGCCUGCCGAGGCGCCGCCGCCUGUUCCUCCUCCUGCCGCGGCCGCGGCCACCGUCGCCCCCACCUCACGUCUCCACCGCAUCCGCCCGCCGCCGUUGGCCCACCUCUCCCCCCGCCCUCCGGCGCUGGUCCCCGCUCCGCCGCUGCCUGCCGUGGACCCCUGGACGCGGCCACCGCUGUCGCCUCUGCCGCCGCUCCCCACCGUCAGCGCCGCGGCGGAGUCGCCAAUCUCGGCCUACAUGCGACGCCUUCGCAGCGGCGGCGGCCCGGCCCCGUCCCCCACGGCGGCGCCCGUGCUUCCGCCUUCGAGUUCGCCGCUAGGGUUCGGAUGCCUGCUGUCGCCGCGGACGGCAUACCAGAUGAUGAUGACUGCACCGGCACUUGGGUUGCCGACGUCCCCAGGGGUUCAGCUGCCGAGCCCAAGAUUAGGGGAUUCCUGAAGCAAGCAACUUUCAUCCCUUAGUUCUCAAUACAAACCUCGACGCAGGCGGUAAAGGAACCAGCGGCGGCAAUUAUUUGGAGAAGCAGAUUUCUAGCCUCUACUUUGAAUUCUCUGGUUGAUCUCCUUUGAGACAUCUUGCAAGAUGUUCUUCCUGUGUAAUGUAGCUAUUAGUAGCAGUUUACAUUUGAACCACAGAGAAAUGCAUCCCUCCAACAUUCUGGAUUGCAGUCUGGUAUGUAUUACCAUCAACAGAAAGUGGCUGUACAGGAUUAGUAUUAGAAUACAAUUUGAAAUCUUGGCAACCUCGCGAUCUUAGUUCUUUAGCUGUUUAAAAGGUUCAUUUAGAUCUACACUUGUGAUGUUUGUGUCAGUCUGACUUGUUUAUCAAUGGGCACUGUGUUUAUCUAAUGCAUUCCUUUUAUUAUCAUGAA